UAUAGUAAAGUUAUUCAGUUAUAUAUAUAUGUAUAUACAUAUAUUCAUUUUUAUAUAUAUACAUAUAUACGUAACUGAAUAUGUAUAUGUAUAUAUGUAUAUAUAAAUAUAUAACGUAUAUACACAUAUAUAUAUUCAUUUUCAGAUUCAUUUCCCUUAUAGGUUAUUACAAGCUAUUGAGUAAAGAUCCCUGUGCUAUACAGUAGGUCCUUGUUGUUUAUCUGUUUUAUAUACAGUAGCAUGUAUCUGCUAAUCCCAAACUCCUAAUUUAUCUUUUCCUUCCCCACCCCCUUUCCCCUUUGGUAACCAUAAGUUUGUUUUCUAUGUCUGUGAGUCUUUUUCUGUUUUGUAAAUAAGUUCAUUUGUAUCAUUUUUUUAUUUUUUAUUUUAUUUACUUUUUAAAUAAAUUUAUUUACUUAUUUUUUUCAUAAAUUUAUUUACUUAUUUAUUUAAUUGGCUGUGUUGGGUCUUCUUUGCUGCACAUGGGCUUUUUCUAGUUGCAGAGAGUGGGGGCUACUCUUCAUUGUGGUGCGCAUCCUUCUCAUUGCGGUGGCCUCUUGCUGCAGAGCACGGGCUCUAGGCAUGUCGGCUUCAGUAGUUGCGGCACAUGGGCUCCAUAGUUGUGGCUCAGGGGCUCUAGAGCACAGGCUCAGUAGUUGUGGUGCACGGGCUUAGUUGCUCCAUGGCAUGUGGUAUCUUCCUGGGGCAGGGAUCAAACCUGUGUCCUCUGCAUUGGCAGGCAGAUUCUUACCCACUGCGCCACCUAGGAAGUCCUAUUUACUUAUUUAUUGACUAUGUUGGGUCUUCGUUGCUGCACGUGGGCUUUCUCUAGCUGCAGUGAGUGGGGGCUUCUCCUCAUUGUGAUGUGCAGGCUUCUCAUUGCAGUGGCUUCUCUUGUUGCAGAGCACGGGCUUCAGUAGUUGUGGCUUGUGGGCUCUAGAGUGCAGGCUCAGUAGUUGUGGCGCACAGGCUUAGUUGCUCCACAGCAUGUGGGAUCUUCCCAGACCAGGGAUCAAACCCAUGUCCCCAGCAUUGGCAGGUGGAUUCUUAACCACUGCACCACCAGGUGACAGAGUAAAACGUCAGACCAGAGAGCCUGUUUCUCAGCCGGUUUUGUCUGAGGGGGCCUGGCUCUGGGGAAGCCUGACUCUGGGAUCUUCAAGGGACUCCAGGUUGGGAAAAACCAGGGAUCCAGAAGGGCUUUUGGAAAUGCAGAGAGGUCAACUGAGGGCAGAGACAGACGCCCACAAGGAGACCCAUCCUGGGAAAAUGAGCCUUGAAGGUGAUGGUUUGGGGAUGGAUGAUGGUGUGCACUCCGUGGCCUUCCAAGAGACAGUCUCUCAGGGAGAUAUUCUCCCUGACCCACAGGGACCAGGAACAGGCCCCCUGAUUCAUAACCUCUACAGAUGCAAGCAGUGCGGGAAGGGUUUUAACAGGAAGUGGUACCUUGUUCGACAUCAGCGGAUUCACACCGGAAUGAAGCCCUAUGAAUGCAACGCAUGUGGGAAAGCCUUCAGCCAGAGCUCCACCCUGAUCCGGCACUACCUCAUCCACACUGGGGAGAAACCGUACAAGUGCGUCGAAUGCGGGAAGGCCUUCAAACGCAGGUCCUACCUCCUGCAGCACCGCCCGGUUCACACCGGGGAGAAGCCCUAUGAGUGCAGCCAGUGUCGAAAGGCCUUCACCCACCGCUCUACUUUCAUUCGGCAUAACAGGACCCACACUGGAGAGAAACCCUUCGAAUGCAAAGAAUGUGAGAAAUCAUUCAGCAACAGAGCACACCUCAUCCAGCACUACAUCAUCCACACUGGAGAGAAGCCCUACGAGUGCACAGAGUGUAGGAAGGCCUUCAGGUGCAGCUCAGAACUCCUGCAGCACCAGCGGAUUCACACUGGGGAGAAGCCCUACCAAUGCGCCCAGUGCGGGAAAGCCUUUCACCGGAGCACGUACCUCAUCCAGCACUCCGUCAUCCACACCGGGGAGACGCCGUACAAGUGCGUCGCAUGCGGGAAGGCCUUCAAACGCAGGUCACAUCUCCUGCAGCACCAGCGGGUUCAUACUUGAGAGGAAGGGCCUUCGCCCCUUGCUCUUUUGUUUUUCAUGAGGGGAUCCACAAUGGAAGGAAAAACCCUUUGAGUGUAAAGAAUGCUUCAGAGGGUUUUUUUGUCCACUCUUUAGAUGCACAAAUGGUCACAUGGGAGAGACACCUUGUGAAUGCAGUGGGUGUCAGAAGCCUUCAGCCCCUGCUCAUUGUUGGAGGAUUCAUACUGUAGAGAAACUCCACGAGAAGCCAUGUCACCCGUGGGUCCAUCUCCGUCAGCAGCAGAGAAGAACACACCGAGGACCGACAUUCUGAAUGUAACUAGAAGGGCACUCCUUAGCCGAAAGAAAAGGCUCGUCCUUGCCACCAGAGCACGUGUGGUGAAGAGGAGCCGCAUAGUUAUUGCCGUGAGAAAACCUUCUGUGACAGGUCACCACUUGUCACAUAGAGUCACAUCAGAACUUGAUGGAGCUCGGUCUUUCCCUGUGAGGAAGCAUAGAGAAGACAGAUUCGGGGGUCAUUGUGCACUUAUAGCAGCCUUCAGCCACAGGGCUCCCCCUUGCUUGGCAGUUACAAAGCCACCUCAGCAUUAUGUUAAAAAGAAAAAUAACAAGGGAACUCCCUGGCGUUCCAGUGGUUAGGACUCCACGCUUUCACUGCUGAGGACCUGGGUUUGAUCCCUGGUUGGGGAACUAAGAUCCCGCAAGCCCCACAGCAUGGCCAAAAAAAAGAAAAGAAAAGAACAAGGAUGUGGAGGGGAUAGAGAUAAAGACUGUAAACAUAUAAAGCAAAAAAUAAAUGCCUUUGCAGUUUCCUUCACACUUUCCUGCCAAACCUGUUGCAGUUUUUCAUCAGUCCUAUUUUUUGUGGGGCAGUGUUUGAGAGAGAAAAGGACCCCAGCACUUUAUUUUUAUAUGUGUUCACUGCUGUCCUGUGUCAGGAAAGUUGAACAGUGAAGGCUGCUCCACCAGCAUUUGUUGGAAGCCUUUGUUCCAAACAUCUCUAGCCAUUAGGAGCAUAACUCUGUGAGAAAUAAGAGCACUUGAGUCACGAGCUACAUGAACUUGUAAGAAAUUAGAAUACUGAAAAUAACAUUGCACAACACUUGCAUCUUAUAUCUAAGGAGAGAAUGGUCCCCAUAGGGAUGUACACAUUAAAAUCUGCACCCCUAAAGACUGUUGAAUAUUUUUUUAUACGUAAACUCCUGUUUGUCUGGUUUUAAAUACCUGAUACUAUCUCUUUCUUCUUCUUCUUCUUUUUUUAGUUUUAAAGAAGUAUAUUUAUUAGUAUAUGCACACAUUUUGCAAAAUAGAAACAUUUAGCAUAUUUAAGGAAAUUCACUCCAAAAUUCAACAAACCUCAGUGAAAAUAAGUUGUGUUUGUUUAAUGGCAGGCAAAUCAAUUACAUGAGUCUGUUAAUUGGCUGCAUUUUCAG